GCUGAGACAUUUUCUUUUUUAAUUCUACUAACAUUAAGUUGAGAAAAUUCGUUUUCUUUCUCCAUUAAAAAAAAAAAAUCUGCUAAACUGCCUGGAACUACAGGUUAGUUCAGUGGAUACUAACAGCAUUCGUUUAGUUUCCGUUGUCCUGGAAACUGAGCUCAGCAGCCAAUCAGAGGAGGCCUGGCGCAUGCUCAUGAAUAUUAACAGAGGGGCACGAGCUGUGAGGCUCGCGCCGCGCAUGCGCCAACUGGAGCCUCCUACAACAAGAAGCAGCGACCAGGCAAGAUGGCGGACCUGGGGAAGAAGUACUGCGUUAACUGCCUCGCAGAUGUCACCAACCUGCGGCUUCGCUGCACCGACUGCCCGGAUAUCGAGCUGUGUCCGGAGUGCUUCUCAGCGGGCGCUGAAAUCGGGAACCACCGCAGAUGGCACGGUUACCAGCAGGUCGACGGCGGGCUGUUCUCACUGUGGGGUCCAGAGGCAGAGGGAGGAUGGACCAGCAGGGAAGAGCAGUCGCUGCUCGAUGCCAUCGAACAGUACGGAUUUGGAAACUGGGAGGACAUGGCCGCACACGUGGGGCCGUCCAGAACCCCGCAGGAAGUCAUGGAACAUUACGUCACCAUGUACAUCCACGGCAACCUCGGUAAAGCCUGCAUCCCAGACAGUAUUCCUAACAGAGUAACUGACCACACCUGUCCAAGUGGGGGCCCCCUGUCACCCAGUCUCACCACCCCGCUGCCCCCUUUGGACAUAAGCCUGGCUGAGCAGCAGCAGCUCGGCUACAUGCCUCUGCGUGACGACUAUGAAAUCGAGUACGACCAAGAUGCAGAGAAGCUCAUCAGCGGACUGUCGGUCAACUACGACGAUGAAGAUGUGGAGAUCGAGCUGAAGCGAGCCCACGUAGACAUGUACGUGCGAAAGCUAAGGGAACGGCAGCGGCGCAAGAACAUCGCGCGGGACUACAAUCUGGUUCCGGGGUUCCUGGGCAGAGACAAAAAAGACAAGGAGAAGGAGAGGCCUUCGGGUUUGCAGGUCGUAGGGGGUUCUGUGCCUGUGGGGGGAGCAGGAGCAUGCGGUACCACCGUCGGAUCGACCUCGGCGACGGCAGCGGGGUCGGGCCCCAUUCCGAGUGCACCCAAGAGAAAGAUCACAAAGGAGGAGAAGGAGCAGCGGGUGAGGCUAAGGGCGCUCUGCCAGUUCAUGGCUCAUCGGGAGUUCGAAGAGUUCUUUGAGAACAUGCACAAAGAACGAGUUCUGAGGGCCAAAGUGCGCGAGCUGCAGCGGUACCGGCGCAACGGCAUCACGCGUCUGGAGGAGUCUGCUGAAUACGAAGCAGCUCGUCACAAAAGGGAGAAACGCAAGGAAAACAAGAACGUGGUGGCGUCCAAGAGAGGCAGCUCGGGAGGCACCGGGCUCGGUUCUGGGAUGGGACUGGGCGGCGGGGGCGGCGGAGGAGGAGGCGUCAUGGGAGGGCUCGGAGCCGGCGGUGGGAUUAAAGACGAAGGUAAAGACGGUGAGUUUUCCGCCAUCGAGAACCUUACGGGGUUCGAGCUCCUGUCGGAUAGGGAGAAGGUUCUCUGUAACUCGCUCAACCUGAGCCCGACUCGCUACCUGACUGUCAAAACCAUGAUCAUCAAAGACCACCUGCAGAAAAGGCAAGGCAUCCCGGGCAAGAGCCGACUGCCCAGCUACCUGGACAAAGUCCUCAAGAAGCGAAUCCUAACCUUCCUCACGGAGAGCGGCUGGAUAUCCAGAGACUCCUCGUAGCGAUCCGUCUCUGGCCGGGGAUUACUCGCCAAGGAUUGCCGUUAACCGUCUGGACGGAACUGCUGCUUCUCACCGACAGCUUUUUCCAGUUUCCUCUUUUUCACUUUGUGAAUAUGUACAGUCCAAAUAAAAAUAUGCCCCGGUGGUAAAAGAACUAUAUUUUCAUACAAGGUCUUGGAACAACAGCUGAAAAGAAGCUGGGCUGGUAUGUUGGAAAGAAACAACCUUUGAGUUUACUGAUGUGCUUCCAGUUGCAAGUUAUUGCUAAGUGAUGAUAAUUUGCAGUAAAGGUGUUCUUUUUAUUUCUUAAUGUAAGAGCUACCCCUAAACAGCAUUAUAGAAACAACAGAACAUUCUGUUUAAUGCUGAACAGCAGUCAUUCUGGGUCUAAUGUUGGAGCCAUGUGUUUAAGGAAGCAGGCAGAAAUAAUCCGCUUUGUCUUCACCUUUUCGGUUGAACAUAUAUUUAAAAUCCAACCAAUUGACCGCGGCUCUUUGGUUUUUAAGCUGUUCUACCAUAACAUGAAUGACCUACUGCUAAAUUAGCACUGAAAUGAUGCGUAGUAAAAGGUUUUAGAGAGAUUGCUUGAAGUUUAUUGUUUUAUCCACUAGGGGGCACUGCCUAUGCAAUGUUUAUCUAAAUUGCAGCUUGGUUGAAAAACAAUUAGUUGUAAUCGGAAGCGAUGGAUGUAAAGUUAAAUUCGAAGCUGCUGAUGUCGGCUUGGUACAUUUUCCUGAACGUUACGCCGUUUGGGAAGUAGGACAAGCCUUAUCGGAGUCCCAUCGAGAAACUGGUGUGACCAUUAAUUAAAAGUUUCCUGUAUCCAAACUGAUCCCAGGAAAUCUCAGAAGAUUCCAGAGCCACUAUUCGGAUUGUUGGAAAUACAAAGGUGCCUAAAUCCAGAGCAGCAUUCAUCUCAAGUUUCUUGAUUUCUAAAAUCUUUAAAAAGCCUAAAGUAUAUUUUCCUGUUUAGGAACUAAUUUAAAAGGAAAAAACAAGGCCCCCAUCGCCACACUACUUAACAGAAGGCAUCAUGAGGUGCUUUUGCUGAUUAAAUAUUUUUUUAACAGAGCUACUGGUGCCAAACUAAUCUGCUGUCAUUAGUUCGUACAUAGAUCUAGAUAUCUCAAACAUCCCAAAAGGCUGAGGCAGACACAGAAAGGGAUCUAUUACUAGACCUGCUAAGAUUCUAGGUCUUCUACCUAGAAACUCAGAUUGCCUUUAGAGAAGUUGGAGGUUUCUGUGUGUUUUGGAAAAGUGUUCUUUUAAAGGAGUGUGAUAGACCGAGAUCACCAGUUUUUUACUAAAACCUUCUGGUAUUCCAUGAUGCUAUUAUUUCUGACAAUGCUUCCUAAGCUUUUGGAAGAGAAUCAGGCCCGCUGCUCUGGAGCAGUGAUUCCUUGGUGUUUGUUUUAGAUGCGACUCUGUUCCGGCCUACGAAAUUCUAAAGAUGGCUUCUCCUCUGGAGCCAUCGAGUCCUCCAGAAAACCUUUCAAUCAUGUAUUCUUUUAUUGAGGUGUGUGGCAGAAAGCAGACGCCUAAAACAUGCAGGACUGGGCGGCCGGAGGAGCAGGGACCUCCUAAGACUGCGGCCACAUUAAACGGCUAUGGCGCUUUUCUACGGAGCUAAGUUUGGGCCAUAAAGUUAAGUUAGAAACA